GAUGUAAGGAGAUCAGCACUGCAGCAGCAGAGAGACUAACAGAGCGAGUCCUGACAGGAGAGCAUAUCAGAGGAUACAGAGAGGAAACAACAGUCACUUCAACUGGAAGAAAUAACAAAGACCUUCAUCUGGAUUGCAAUUGUGGACAGAAAGUAAACCUCCAGAAGAAAAUAUCACCAUUAAAGAGAAGUGAAACCAGACGUGAAGAUGAACCUUUUCGUCAUCCUCGCUGUUUUUGCAGCAUACCAUUUCGAUUUGACUUUUUCUCAAGGAUGGUCACCUAAACGCCGAGGCAAAAACAGGGAUAUGUGUCUAUCCGGGGAUGGGAGCAGUUACAGGGGAUUUGAAUCUGAGUCGGCUUACGGCAGAAGAUGUCUCAACUGGAACAGGAUUUACAUCCUUUCAGGAGCUUCAAAGGAACUUGGGGACCAUUCUUACUGCAGGAAUCCUGACAAGAGCUUGAUGCCAUGGUGCCCUGUCCAUAGAGGAAGGAGGAUUGUGAAAGAGUUUUGCCACAUUCCCAGAUGCUCUACACUGACAGUGACACCUACACCUCCACCGGCUGUGGAUACAGAACUGACAUGUGGUGAGAGGACUGAGCGAAGGCGAAAUAAAAUUGUGGGAGGUUCAUUUACACCCAUAGAGUCGCACCCUUGGGUCGCUGCUCUCUUUCAUCGGCGUAGCGGUUUCCUCUGUGGUGGCUCUCUCAUCGCACCAGGCUGGGUUCUGACAGCCGCACACUGCUUCACUAACGGAGAAGCAACUCAAACCCGGCAUCUGUCUGUAUACCUGGGGAAGACUGCCCUUAAUGAAACAGAUGCUGACAGGGAACAGAGCUUCACUGUGGAAAAACUGAUCAUCCACAAACAAUACAAUGACGCCAACUAUAACAAUGACAUAGCACUGUUGAAGAUCAAAAGCAGAAAUGGAGGAAGUGCGGUGAGGUCAGCAUCUGUACGCACGGUGUGUCUUCCUCCUGCUCACACUCAGCUUCCUGCAGGAUUUCAGUGCAGCAUCGCAGGAUUUGGGUGGGAGAGAAACUUGGCGAUGCGUUAUUCACAGUACCUAAAGGAGACCAAGGUGCAACUGCUCCCUAAGUCUGAUUGCACAAGUAAAUCGCACUAUGGAGAUAUGAUCACCGAGAACAUGAUCUGUGCUGCUAGCCCUGACUGGAGCACCGACUCCUGCAAGGGUGACUCUGGUGGUCCGCUGGUGUGUGAAGCGGCAGGGCGGUUUUUUCUGUUUGGCGUGGUGAGCUGGGGCGAAGGCUGUGCCAAGAGAAACAAACCAGGAGUUUACACUCAAGUCACCAACUACAACAAGUGGAUCGCAGAAAAAACCGGGCUACCAGAUAACACCAAAGGAUCACUCUAUCCCCAAAAAUGAAGCUGUGGCUGAUACCUUUCGAGCCAUUCAUUCUUUAGAUGAAACUUUGGCAGCAGUUAAUGUUCAAUCAAUAUACUUUGCAGAGAUAUUUAUUGUUAAAGUUUUAAAUGAAUGUUUUUUUUAAAUAUAUUUUAUUGUAUAUAGUGUAUCCUUUUUGUAAUGCUGCUUUUGCAUCAAGAGGAUAAGUUUAUUUAUGUAAUUAAUUUAAAAAUAAUUUAAUAUAAAGGCUGGCCUUGCUAUUGAGUGUUUUAUUUAUAUAAUAAACAAAGUAUUUGAAAAA